GUUUUCCGGUUGGGGCAUCCUCUCCCCCAAUCGCAGCGGCGCCAUGGGCAGCGCUGCCUCUGCGCUGGGCGCCGCACAGCCCGGGGAUCUCCAGGCGCUGGGAGCGGAGCUGAGCGAGGAGCAGCGUGCAAAGCUGAAGGAGGCGCUGGCCAGGGUGGAGGAAGAGGACCCAUUGCCCGGCGAAGAGGUUUUGUUGGAAGUCGAGGGCACGAGCAACUACUGGAGUCGUUCGGAUUUGCUGGACUUGGAUGGCAAGACGUGGCGCGCGGCGGUCUUCUGGGGGAUAAAGGAUGGCGCCUACACCGUCAACCAUGGGCACCACGCCGUUGCAAGGCAGAAGCUGAGGCGCUAUCCCCAAGGGAUGAGGCCGCCGAAGCUGGCUGGAGUGACGCUGGAGCAGCUGCAAAAGAUCUUUGAGGAGAAUCGAGAGUGGCUGGGGACGGCCAUGUGGAACCCUCACAUGCAGAUGAAGAUGAUGACCCCCUCCAUGUAUGAUGUGGUGCCCACCAUUGUCAAGCCUGCCACCGCCUCGACCAGAGGCUCCUACGCAGAGCUCUUCUCGCAGAAGCCGGUGGAUGUCUUCGUGUCCCACUGGUGGGGCCACGAGUUCUCGGAAUUCCUGGCGGCCCUCGAGCACGCGGCUGAUGAGCUGGUCAAGGAGGUCCCCACCUUGGCCGGCCGGGAUCCCAAGUCGGUGGUGUUCUGGAUCUGCUCUUUCGCCAACGCCCAGUGGAAGGUGAACCUGGGCCAGUCGCUGCAAGAGUCGCCCUUCGAGCGCGCCCUGGCCGCUCACAGCUGCAAGGCAGUGGUCAUGGUCCUGGAUGAGAAGGCCAUGCCCCUCACGCGGAUCUGGUGCAUCUAUGAGGUGCUGCGAACCAGCGUCCUGGAGCUGCCCUUCUUCUGCGCCGCCAAGGACGGCGUCCUGCUGGGCGAGCGAGUCCGGGAGAGCCCGGCGCUGGCGAAGACGCUGGUGGCGCUGGCGGAGCGGGUGUCGACGCUGGAGCCCAGCGCGGCGCUGGCCAGCAACGAGGAGGACCGGCAGGCCAUCAUCGGGGCGGUGGCGGAUGCCGUCGGGGUGCCGCAGUUCGCGCUGGCCGUGCAGAGCAGCUUGUUCGAGGUGCUGCGCAAGGCUGGCUACGCGCUCUUCUCCCGCAACUGGCGCCUGAACUUCCGCAUGCUGAACUUGCACCGUGCGGCCUCCAGGGAAGUGUAUUGGCUGGUGCCCGCGCGCAAGAGGCCGAAUUGGAGGCGGCGCGAUGAGCGGAAGCGGAACCGGCUGCACCGGGCAGCGCAGGAGGGUGACUUGGAGCGCAUUCAGCUGCUGCUGAGGGAGGGGCAGACGCGGCUCGGCGCG